AUAGCGCACUCUCGGGGCGAUCGAUGUCUACCUGACAGCUGACUAGAAAAUUAUUUUAUUGCACUUAAAACGUGAUAAAAAUGGCCGUAAUAUUGAACACACUUCACGCCAGGACGGCGACCAGGCUCAGUUUGCGCACGUUUCGGCUGCCGGGCCCGUGCAAAGUCACCCGGCCAAACGCGUUAAGGUCAUUGAAUACCAACACCACUGCCACCGGUUCAUCACAAUCAUCUAGAUGGCGGCAAAUUUUAUAUACAACGGGAGCGGUGGCUGGUGUCGGCGCUAUCGGCCUGUACUACGCUCUCGACCAGUCGGUGAAGGCGUCGGACCUGGAGUUGCAUCCGCCCGCCUAUCCCUGGAGUCACAACGGCUUUAUCAAAGGCUUCGACCAUCAGAGUAUUCGCCGCGGGUAUGAGGUGUACAAACAGGUGUGCGCCGCCUGUCACGGCAUGAAGUACGUGUCCUAUCGGGAACUGGUGGGUGUGUCCCAUACGGAGGCCGAGGCCAAGCAGGAGGCCUCAGAG